UCGGUUUUGUUUCUUUGCAGCUAACUAUUUCGCAGCAUUCUUCUUCCUGAACGCCAAAGCAACUGUUGGGUGGCGAAUAAAAAAAUCGCUUGAUUAAUAAAUCUUUGUCUUCGGUUGGUUUUUGCUACAAUAAUUGUUGGUAACCUGCAUACAGUGGUGGCAAAAUGGAUCAUUCACAGCACAGUAUACACAACCACGAUCAUCAUAUCCAUGCCGUAGAUACUGCAACAACACAUGACCAUGCAGGCAUGAUAAUGCCUACCACAACUGUCAGCCCGAUGGAUACAAUGGGCCACGGUGAAAGCGAUCAUCACGCGAUGCAGCACAGUCACGAGCACGGAGCUAUGAACAUGGAGGGAGCGAUGCAUAAUAUGAUGUCGAUGGCGUUCCACUUUGGCUAUAAUGAGACUGUGCUCUUCUCUUGGUGGAAAUUUGAUAGUAUUAUGGGUUUGAUUGGCUCAAUGGUUGCUAUAUUUGUUAUGGCUGUGCUUUAUGAGGGUCUCAAAUAUUACCGCGAGUACCUAUUUUGGAAGACUUACAACUUAUUGGAGUAUCGACCCGUUACCGGUCCACAACGCAAUCCUGAAGAUCCACAGCGUAGCACGCCAUCGACGAGCGCCUCACCAGUGCAAUACGUUGGCGAAGUCAUACACAAGCAACCUCCAACGAUGCUUUCGCUAAAUCAUCUGUACCAAACCGGCCUCCACAUCAUCCAAGUGACGCUAUCAUUUAUGCUGAUGUUGAUCUUUAUGACCUACAAUGUUUGGCUAUGCAUCGCGGUCGUAUUGGGCGCUGCUGUGGGCUACUUCCUGUUCUGCUGGCGGAAGUCGGUGAUUGUCGAUGUUACGGAACACUGUCACUAGCAAUGUUUAAAAUGUGAAAGGCGCUUCGCAUGGAUGCGCUGCCUCUGGCCAAGGCAAAUUGGCAAUUCAAAUAAUCAACAAACUAUAGCAACUAAAGCUGCAACAACGGCAACAACAACAGCAACAGCAUGCCGUGCUUGCUCCAGAUUAGCUCGGAUGGGCAGCGGCGGCGACGGCGGAGGUGGGAGUAGUACGAACCGAGACGCAAUUGGUGUUAAGGAGAAUGGCAGGAAUAGUAAAAAUGGUGGUGGCGUAACCUGCCAUGCAACGGCAACUUCCGUAAUGAAUGCCACUGGUAGCAGCGUACGCUGUGCGCGCUAUUUUAAACGUUCAGCGUAUGACGUGGAGCAGCAGCGCGGCACGCAAGUGACCAUGACCAACGACAGCCAAAAGGACUACGAUAUUUACUACUAUGAACGGGACGAGUACGAAGAUGAGACAGUUGUUAUUGAUACGAUUGCCGUGUCGGCGACCACCACCACCCAGUUGAUGGAGAGCGGUUGCGGCAGCAUCGGUGCUAAUUGCCAGAAAUGUCGAAAUAUUAAAAUUCUCUUAAGACUAAGUUUAAGAUAUUUUUAUGAUAUAAACUGUGAGUUUGUGAAAAAUACAAUUUAAGCAAAAAAUACACAAACAACAAAAACCAUAAAAAAAAAUUAUAAUAAUAUCAAGUGAGCCAAGACAAGAAACAAAAAAAGAACACAAACGAAAAAUGCAAAUAAAAGUAGUUUAGGCAAGUGAUAGCAAGCAAUUGUACGGCAGGAGGAGCGUAUUGCAGAAUUUAAGAAGAUUUAAGAAAAAAAGUUAGAUAUUUUUACAAGAUGUAGUUGUACAGUUGUUAGUAAUUGAAAAUUUGAAAAUUGUAUGUUUUGAAUUAUGUAGGUUUGUGCGCAGCAAGUGGCCUGAACAAGCGCUUGAGUGCUAUGAAUGUGAUCGGUGACCAAUUCAAGCAAAA